AAAAUUUUGAAAAAAAAAAGUUGUUUCUUAGUUUUUGUUAUAAAAUUUUGUAAAUAAGUGAUUUUUCUCCUUCACUGAUGUGUGCUAAUGAGGCUGUAGUGAUGGGUACUGAUAGGCUGCACUGAUGGACACUGAUAGGUGGCACUGAUAGGUGGCACUGAUGGGCACUGAUGAGGAGGCACUGGUAGGUGGCACUGAUGGGCAUCGACAGGCAUCACUGAUGGGCACUGAAAGGCAGCACUCAUAUAUGGUACUGAUAGGCGGCCCUGAUAGCUGGCAUUUUUCCCUGUUUACAUGGACACAGUGCACAGCCGAUCGCUACGCUGCGUGCUCCCAGAGCUGCGCAUGCGCGGUGAGAAUGGGAGGACGU